CACAAUGGGGAGAUUUCCUGCAGUAGUUUGUGUCUCUGCCCCUCCCACAAUGGGGAGAUUUCCUGCAGCAGUUUGUGUCUCUGCCCCUCCCACAAUGGGGAGAUUUCCUGCAGUAGUUAGUGCCUGCCCCUCCCACAAUGGGGAGAUUUCCUGCAGUAGUUAGUGCUUGCCCCUCCCACAAUGGGGAGAUUUCCCGCAGUAGUUUGUGUCUCUGCCCCUCCCAAAAUGGGGAGAUUUCCUGCAGUAGUUUGUGUCUCCGCCCCUCCCGCAAUGGGGAGAUUUCCCGCAGUAGUUUGUGUCUCCGCCCCUCCCACAAUGGGGAGAUUUCCCGCAGUAGUUUGUGUCUCCGCCCCUCCCACAAUGGGGAGCUUUCCUGCAGUAGUUAGUGCCUGCCCCUCCCACAAUGGGGAGAUUUACCUUCAGUAGUUUGUGUCUCUGCCCCUCCCACAAUGGGGAAUUUCCCGCAGUAGUUUGUGUCUCCGCCCCUCCCACAAUGGGGAGAUUUCCCGCAGUAGUUUGUGUCUCCGCCCCUCCCACAAUGGGGAGUUUUCCUGCAGUAGUUAUUUGUGUCUCUGCCCCUCCCACAAUGGGGAGAUUUCUCACCAUCA